AUGAUCGACGCCGAGCCCGCGGCCUGCUGCAACGGCUGCGGCUUUGCGGCUUAUGGUACACACCCGCACUGCUGCACCAGGUGCCGCGGCCCAGACGGGCCCCACGCCAAGGAUUGCCCACAGAAGAACAAGCGCCUGCGCCCCGCGUGCGCCAAUGGUUGCGGGCGCCCCGCCUUCGGGAAGUUCAAGACGUGUUGCAGUCACUGCAAGGGCCCGGGCACGUCCCACGCGAGGGACUGCGAGGACAAGUGCAGGCAGGCAGCCGCCGCGGGAGCUGCGCCGCCUGCAGCACCAGCGGCGCCGCACCCAGCGGCGCCAGCGGCGCUGCACCCGGCGACGGCCUCGCCAACGGUGCCAGCCCAGCUGAAGGGCCAGUGUGGCACGUGCAAAAGGCCCCUGCUGGUGUCGGUGCCGCCCGGCACGAGGCCCGGGGUGUACCUGACAACGCACUGCUCGGGCUGCGGCACGGCCAACAUGCUGGCCGUGCCGGGCGCCGGGGCCGCCGCCGCGGGGGGUUACCCGGCGCCUUCGUCAGCGCCGGCGCCAGCGCUGCCCACGGGGUCGGUGUCGGGGACCUUGCAGUGCAGCUGCGGCAGGUGCGGGCACGCUUUUUCGGUCAGAGCGCCCGCCGCAAAGCCGGGCUCCAAGAUUGGCGCCAGGUGCCCGAAGUGCGACUCCGCUGUGGAGGUGCGGGUGCCGGGCAUCAGCGCCCCGGGCGGUACCAUCGCGCAUUCUGGCCGCAAGCGGGCACUGCUGGUCGGCAUCAACUACUUCGGGACGCGCGCCGAGCUGAAAGGUUGCAUCAACGACGUGAGGGCCAUUGCGGACCUGCUGCAGAAGACGCUCGGCUGGGACUCUGCAAACAUCCGCACACUCACAGAUGACGACAGGAACCAAAUGCCCACGCGCGAGAGGGUUGAGCAAGAGUUGAAGUGGUUGGUCCAGGGUGCAGGCCCGGGGGACGCCCUCUUCUUCCACUUCUCGGGGCACGGAGCCCAGCAGGAGGACCCCAACGGCUUCGAGGAGGAUGGCAUGAACGAGACCAUCUUGCCCGUUGACUUCCAGAAGGCUGGCAUGCUGACCGACGAUCGGAUCAGCGACAUCAUCGUUAAGCCGCUCCCCGAGGGUGCGCGUCUCACGGCGAUCAUGGAUUGUUGUCACAGCGGCACAGGGCUAGACCUCCCGUUCUCGUACGAGAGGCCUGGUGGCAGAGAGCUGUGGAAGGAGGAGACUCGGGGAAACCAACCCUUUCUUCCACGCAGCAGACGUUCAGCUGUUCAGUGGGUGCGACGAUGA